UCUGGGCUAUUCACGCCCAAGCUUACAAGCUUCGUCGGCUUCCCUGACCGGGUUAGGAUUAGAUCACAACAGUUAGCCUACGCGCUGAUCGCUUAACGCCAUCGAUAUCGUCACGGCUACUACUGAUGAGAUAUACCUCACCCCUAUCCACACUGUCUAUGACUCCGAGGAUUGCUCUCUCUUCCAUUUCUGUCAUACCCAAACUUGGAUCUCGACUGUGGAACGUCAGGGCUUCGCCAACGAUACUACGUCCUAUUUUCCGAUUUCAGAGCACAGUGGUUGCUAUCAAGAUGGAGAAGGUCGACACCACCGCUCGCCUUUCUAAGCUACGCGAGCUUAUGAAAGAGCGCGAGGUUGAUGUAUACAUCAUCCCUUCCGAGGAUAGUCAUGCGUCUGAGUAUAUUGCACCAGCCGAUGCUCGUCGCGCUUUCAUCUCAGGCUUCACCGGUUCGGCAGGCUGUGCUGUCGUCACUCAUGAGAAGGCCGCUCUGGCCACGGAUGGCCGUUACUUCAACCAAGCUUCCCAGCAGCUUGACAGCAACUGGAUACUCUUGAAGCAAGGACUCUUAGACGUUCCAACCUGGCAAGAAUGGUCUGCGGACCAGGCUGCCGGUGGUAAAGUCGUGGCUGUGGAUCCGACUUUGCUAACAAGCGGUGCCGCCAAGAAGCUCUCGGAGAAGAUCAAAAAGGGCGGGGGAAAGGAACUGGCAGCCGUCGAGGGAAACUUGGUUGACAUAGUGUGGGGAGAGGACAGACCGCCUCAGCCAGAAGAGCCUAUAAUAGUUCUCGGUGAGAAGUUUACCGGAAAGGAUGUGAAGACUAAGCUUAGCGAGCUUCGAACGGAGCUUAAGAAGAAGAAAUCGCUCGGCUUCGUGGUCUCGAUGCUCGACGAGAUCGCAUGGCUCUUCAAUCUUCGAGGAAACGAUAUCCCCUAUAACCCGGUCUUCUUCUCGUACGCCAUCAUCACUGCCGAUGACGCUACCUUAUACGUCAAUUCUUCCAAAUUAGGCGCCGAGUGUCAAUCCUACCUUGAAGAGAACGGCGUUUCUAUUAAGCCGUACAAGGACAUAUUCAACGAUGCUUCUGCCCUUCGCGAAUCGGCAGAGGCGCGGAAGAAUGGCGAAGGUGGCGAGAACAAGAAAUUCUUGAUCUCAAACAAGGCUUCGUGGGCCCUGAAGCGAGCGCUCGGUGGAGAUGGCAUGGUUGAAGAGAUCCGAAGUCCUAUCGGCGACUCGAAGGCUGUGAAGAACGAGACCGAGCUAGAAGGGAUGAGGCAAUGCCACAUUAGAGACGGCGCCGCCUUAAUCGAGUUUUUCGCGUGGCUCGAAGAUCAAUUAAUAGUGCAGAAGGCUACUAUUGACGAAGUCGAAGCCGCGGAUAAGCUUGAAUCUCUGCGCGCGAAACAGAAGGACUUUGUCGGUCUCUCCUUUCCUGCAAUCUCAUCUACGGGGCCGAACGCCGCUGUUAUCCACUACAAGCCUGAGCGUGGAAGUUGCUCGGUCGUCGACCCCAAGGCAGUCUACCUAUGCGAUUCCGGAGCCCAGUACCUGGACGGUACUACGGACACGACAAGGACGUUGCAUUUCGGCGAGCCUACCGAUGCCGAGAUCGAAGCCUACACGCUCGUGUUGAAGGGUAACAUUGCCUUAGAUAGGGCUGUAUUCCCCAAGGGAACAACAGGUUUCGCGCUUGAUAGUCUUGCGCGCCAAUAUCUAUGGCAAAAUGGACUCGAUUACCGUCACGGCACCGGUCACGGAGUCGGGUCGUACUUGAAUGUGCACGAAGGACCAAUUGGUAUUGGUACAAGGGUACAGUACUCGGAGGUCUCCCUAUCUCCCGGGAAUGUUAUCUCCGACGAACCCGGUUAUUACGAGGACGGCUCCUUUGGCAUACGCAUCGAGAACAUCGUCAUGGUAAAGGAGGUUAACACGAAAUACAAGUUCGGCGACAAGCCGUACCUCGGGUUCGAGCACGUCACUAUGGUACCUUACUGUCGCAAGCUCAUCGACUCUAAGCGUUUGACAGACGCAGAGAAGGAAUGGUUGAACGACUACCACGCGGAUAUAUGGAAUAAGACGAAGGGCUAUUUCGAGAACGACGAAGUAACAACGGCAUGGCUCAAGAGGGAAACACAGUCUUUCUAGACAGGGAACUGGUGUUGUCCAUUUUCUAUAAUGCAUUGCGUUGGUUGUUACCUUGAUUACCUAUGGGUCCUUCUCCAAGGCAGCUAAUACCCGUGAAUUUCCCACCCGCUGUUUCAAUCUCAGCUGCUGUACGAUAUCGAGGCCGU